AUGGAUAAAAAUGAGAACACAAUUGCGUCAAUAUGCUUGAAUGAAACACCACCAUACAAUGAAACAAAUAUUGAUACUCUUUUAUGUUGGUGGAAAACUUGUGGGGAUGGAACUAAACAUAAUCCAGGUGUUCUUUCAACUUUAGCAGUUAAAUUACUUUCUUUUUUUGAUUUCAAAUGCAAAACAAGAAUUGCAAUAUUAUGGUGUAGAUUGACAGAAGAAGAAUCGUUGGGUGUUUUUCAAGAAGCUGCUUUGGUAGCUGAAAUUAAUGAUGAUUUAGAAGAAUUUGAUUCAAAUAGUGAAGAAAAUGAAGAAAAUGAUGAUAAUGACACAGAUAGCAAUAAUGAAUAUGAUGAAUUUGAUGAAGAUGAAUUUGGAGCAGUAUUUCUACAAAGUUUACAGAAUGAAUAA